AAUACCGUGCUCCGUCUUUUACAUCAACGGCUGGUAGCAUAGCAUUUCCCUCUUUACCCAAAAACCCUUACAAAACCUUACAAGAAAGUUCCCACUUCCUCCGUGAUUUUUGUCGCCAUGAGAAAGAUUAACGGAGUUCAUUUACUCAGCCGACUUGUAAGUGCUGAUGCCACCACCACCACCACUUACCGCCAGCUCCUCCGUCAAUCGGCGGUGCUAAGAACGUGCACUGGAUCGAAUAUUCGGUGUUUCUCUCAAGUAGCGAAUCCUUUUGGUUCGUAUGAUCCUUCUUCUGUUCGGAAAGUUGCUGGAAAUGCUCGGUUUGUCUCUGUGGCUUCUUCAUCUUUGGCUGAAGAUUUGGUUAAUGGCUCACCGCGUCCGUCGUUCGUACCCAAGGAUGUGGUUCUCUAUCAGUACGAAGCUUGCCCGUUCUGCAAUAAAGUUAAAGCAUUUCUGGACUAUUACAACGUCCCGUAUAAAGUAGUGGAGGUAAAUCCUAUAUUCAAAAAGGAGAUUAAGUGGUCUGAGUACAAGAAGGUGCCAAUUCUGAUGGUUGAUGGUGUACAGAUGGUGGAUUCUACAGAUAUAAUUCAUAACUUGUACCAAAGAAUUCAUCCUGAGAACUCUGCGUCGAACUUGGAAGAAGAGAAGAAGUGGCUUGGGUGGGUGGACAAUCACCUAGUGCAUGUUUUAUCGCCAAACAUAUACAGAAAUUACAAAGAGGCUCUUGAGUCUUUCAACUACAUAACCACACAUGGAAAUUUUAGUUUUGCUCAAAGGAUAAUAGCAAAGUAUGGCGGGGCUACAGCCAUGUAUUUUGUUUCCAAGAAAUUGAAAGAGAAACAUAACAUCACUGAUGAGCGCAAAGCCUUAUAUGGAGCUGCAGAAACAUGGGUGGAUGCACUGAAAGACCGUCAGUUUCUUGGUGGAGCAAAUCCUAACUUAGCUGAUCUUGCUGUCUUUGGUGUCUUGAGACCAAUCCGACACCUUCAAUCUGGAAAAGAUAUGGUUGAGCAUACAAGAGUUGGUGAAUGGUAUACUAGAAUGGAGAAGGCGGUGGGAAAGUCUGCAAGGAUCAAUGGCUGAAGUUAGUACAAUCUACAGUUUUUGUUACUCAAUACUACAUCAUGUCUUGCCAGGUUAUAGAAAAAUAUCCGAACAUUUAGAACAUUAGAUCACAAAAGCAUCUGUGAGAAUAAUCUGAUAGAUCCAUGUUGCAAAUAGCAAUUUCUCGUUCUUUCGGACCCUGUGAAUUUGUACUUAAAGGUGGUGUUGGCUCAUUGUAGCUGUAUUGAUUUUGGUGCAACAACCUUACAGGAUCAAGGAGAGUUGUGAUAAAACUUAAUCUCUUUACAGGUUCAAUAUCAUUUUUGAUCCUUUUCCUUAAA